GCCAACCAUUGCGGAUAAACAAUUUACAAUCGGGGAAGGACAAACCUGCUACGUGGCAUCCAAGCGUUUCAUCUUUGAAUUCAGCUGGUAGACUCUGAAUAGCGAAAUGUGAUGUUUGAACAGCGAAACCGAAAGCAUAGGAAGCCAGCUGAUAAUUCGAUAAAGCACCAACUCUUCUCUACUUCAUUGUGUGCGAAAGGAACACGCUUGUGAAGGAAAUAGGGCAUAAAUUCAUGGCGAUAGCUUCUGCUUUGGGAUCAUCAACUCUGCAACACUCCCAAGUUAAUGUGUUCUUCGGGAAUCUUAACCGUCAGAAGCCCAACCGCCAUUCUGCCGUUCUUUCUCGGAAAGGCUCACAAACAACUGUAAGGGCUAGCUCCCGGGUUGAUAAAUUUUCAAAAAGUGACAUCAUUGUUUCUCCAUCCAUCCUUUCUGCAAAUUUUUCGAAGCUAGGAGAGCAGGUGAAAGCUGUUGAAAAAGCUGGUUGUGAUUGGAUCCAUGUUGAUGUGAUGGAUGGACGCUUUGUCCCAAAUAUAACAAUUGGACCUCUUGUUGUCGAUGCCCUGCGCCCCAUUACAGACCUUCCUUUGGAUGUGCAUCUGAUGAUUGUAGAACCUGAACAGAGAGUGCCUGAUUUCAUAAAAGCUGGGGCUGAUAUAGUUAGUGUCCACUGUGAGCUGGCUUCGACAAUCCAUCUGCACCGCACAGUAAAUCAAAUUAAGAGUUUGGGAGCUAAAGCUGGAGUGGUACUCAACCCCGCAACCCCCUUAACUACAAUAGAAUAUGUUCUUGAUUUUGUUGAUCUAGUGCUGAUAAUGUCAGUUAACCCUGGAUUUGGUGGUCAGAGCUUUAUUGAGAGCCAAGUCAAAAAAAUCUCGGACUUGAGAAGGAUGUGUGCAGAAAGGGGAGUGAACCCUUGGAUUGAAGUAGAUGGUGGAGUUGGUCCUAAAAAUGCUUACAAGGUGAUUGAGGCUGGAGCUAAUGCUUUAGUUGCUGGUUCCGCUGUGUUUGGAGCCACAGAUUAUGCAGAAGCUAUUAAGGGAAUCAAAACAAGCAAAAGGUCCAAUGAUGUUGCUUUAUGAUAUGCUUACAUUGAAGAAACGUUAACUGUUAACAGAAAGUGAGCGCAGAAAAACUCAUUAAGUAGUGUGCACAGACCUGUUUGGAUAUGUACAUUGACAGUUCACUUAAGUUGAAUGAAAAUAGACAAUAGGCAUACUAAGAUCUUUGGUGACCGCCUGACCGGUGAGUUUUCUCAUGUAUAGCUAUGGAUAUAUUGAAAUCCAUUGAACGUAAUUUUCUUUGAAUCCUUUCUGCUGAAUGUCUGCUUUCAUGUAAAAUCUUGUUCUCCACUUUGCACUAUUGUGUUUCCUUGAAGCAUCUCAUAUGCUGGUG